AUGGCUGAAAAGGGUGAGAAUUUCUAUAGAACUAAAGAGAAAUUAGCCUACUGGAAAAUGAUCCGUGGUGGUAAACCCACUAGAGAUGCUAAAGGACGUAUUGUCAAACAUGCAAUUUUUCAAAAUCCAACUGCUGAACCGGGUCGGAUUGAAAAUUCCCGAUCUUGGUUUAGUUCAACUCGAACUACCGAUCAGCGCGAGUUAGAAUCUUUCCGAGAAGACUUAGCUAAUACGGCUACAAAUGCCUACAAAGUGAUUUUAGAUAAGGGAAAAGUCCCCAUGAGUUUAAUCCAAGAGGAGAAAGAGAAGAAGAUCAGACCAAUUAUCUCCUAUGCCGAUACGUUUGGCAGGAAAGCUACGCGUAAGAAGGUUAAAUUAAGUGUUUCAUCCAUCCAAGAACUGGCUAGUAAGUCCAGUAGUUCCCCAGCCGUAGAAGAAAAGGAGUCCACCAAAGAACGAGCUGAUAACAAGGACCGAGUCUACCUCAAAGGCCAGAGCAGAAGAAUUUGGGCUGAGUUGUACAAAGUUUUGGAUUCUAGUGAUGUUAUUGUUCAUAUUCUUGAUAGCCGAGAUCCUUUAGGCACUGAGUGUCAUAAUAUCAGAAAGUAUUUGAAAGAUCAUCCGCAUAAGCACUUGAUCUACCUCCUUAACAAAGUAGAUCUUUUACCAACUGGAGUUACUGCUAAGUGGCUGGCUUACUUUGCUAAAAGCACUCCUACUUUGGCCUAUCAUGCAGCUUCUUUAGAUAAGAAUUAUGGCAAACAAAGCUUAAUUAACUUACUUAGACAGUUUGCUAAACUUCAUCCAGAUAAGAAGCAAAUUAGUGUGGGUUUUGUGGGGUAUCCUAAUGUUGGUAAAAGUAGUGUGAUUAAUACGCUUAAGUCUAAGAUUGUCUGUACGGUAGCUCCUAUUCCUGGGCAGACUAAAGUCUGGCAGUACAUUUCUCUGAUGAAGAGAAUCUAUCUUAUUGACUGUCCUGGGAUAGUACCUACGGCUGAUAAGGAUGAAACUGCAGUGGUUCUUAAAGGAGUUGUUCGAGUUGAGAACAUUACUAAUCCAGAGUAUCAUAUUGAAGGUAUUUUUGCCAAAGCUGAUCCUAAACACCUUCAUAACUUCUAUGGGAUUGAUCCUAAAGACGGUUGUAUUCCAUUUUUAGAAGCACUAGCUAAGAAGUCCGGUCGUCUUUUAAAAGGAGGAGUUCCUGAUAUUUCUGCCGUGGCCAAGAAUGUUAUUCACGACUGGCUGCGUGGCCGUAUUCCCUACUACGUUCUUCCCCCGGCAUAA